GUCCAGAACCAGUGGGCGUGGCAGGAGGUUAGAAAAGGACCUGGUAAAACUGGGUUUUGGAUGUCUUGGACCUGGUUGCUCAUCUCGAUCACUUGUUUUGCUGAUAGAUUGACGAACUGGAGAUCCAGACUGAACAGAAGCAACCAUGCCAGGCAAAGAUGAGUUCAAGAGAAAAAGCGCUACAGUCUGUGGCUUCCCCAUAAGCAUCUUCUUUAUUGUGGUCAACGAGUUCUGCGAGCGAUUUUCCUACUAUGGCAUGAAAGCGGUGCUGGUGUUGUACUUCAAGUACUUCCUGAAUUGGGAAGAUGACUUCGCCAUCACCAUCUAUCACACCUUCGUGGCCCUCUGCUACCUGACUCCCAUCCUCGGGGCCAUAAUUGCUGACUCAUGGCUGGGAAAGUUCAAGACCAUCAUUUACCUGUCCAUCGUUUAUGCCGUGGGACAGGUGGUCAUGGCUGUGAGUGCUAUUCAUGACAUCACAGACACAAACAAAGAUGGCGUCCCUGACAGCAUGACCUUCCACGUAGCUCUGUCCAUGGUGGGCUUGAUCCUCAUCGCUCUGGGAACAGGAGGCAUCAAACCCUGUGUGGCUGCCUUUGGUGGAGACCAGUUUGACGAAGACCAGGAGAAACAACGGGGCACCUUCUUCUCCAUCUUCUACCUGUCCAUCAACGCAGGCAGCCUGCUGUCCACCAUCAUCACCCCCAUCCUCAGAGCUCAGAAAUGUGGGAUUCACAGUAAGCAGCAGUGCUACCCACUUGCCUUUGGUGUUCCUGCCGCUCUCAUGGUGGUCGCUCUGAUUGUAUUCAUCGUUGGAAGUGGCAUGUACACUAAGGUUCCCCCAGCGGGAAACAUCCUGGUGAAAGUCUGCAAAUGCGUGGGUUUUGCUGUCUCCAACCGCUUCAAGCAUCGAUCUUCCACGUUCCCAAAGAGAGCUCACUGGAUGGACUGGGCCGAGGAGAAAUAUGAUAAACUCCUGAUUGCCCAAGUGAAGAUGGUUCUGAAGGUGCUGUUCCUCUACCUUCCAUUGCCAAUGUUCUGGACCCUCUUCGACCAGCAGGGCUCUAGGUGGACCCUCCAGGCCACCACCAUGAACGGUGACUUUGGUUUGAUGGUAAUUCAGCCGGACCAAAUGCAGACUGUCAACCCGAUCUUGAUCCUGGUUUUGGUCCCAAUCAUGGACAGCAUUGUCUACCCACUGAUAUCCAAGUGCAAAUUAAACUUCACUCCACUAAGAAGGAUGACUGUGGGGAUGUUUUUCGCUGCUGUUGCUUUUGUGGCUGCUGCUCUGGUCCAGUUACAGAUUGAUAACACUCUGCCCAAGUUCUCAUCAAGCACUGAGAGUCAAGCAAAGUUCAUCAACAUGGUUGACGGAACGCUGCACAUCACAGCUGGGCCUGAGAAAUUUACAUUGGAUCCUUUUACGGCCACUCAGGAUUAUCUGACCUUUGAUGAACCAUUUGAGAUGAGUGUGAAUGCCAGUCGCCCUGAAUCAAUCACUUUACCUCAUGGCAACCGAACCACCCUCGUCAUCGCUAGAGAAGGAUUUCAACUCGGCUAUAGAAUAUUCCAAGAUUUCAACACAAAGCCAGAUCAGGGUUAUAACGCUAUCAGGUUUCUCAACGGUUUUCGCUCACCAUUGAGUGUAUCAGUAGGAACGGAAAGCAUUGGAAACAUCAACACCAACGACAUGUCUCCAUACGUCAAAUUAUCACAUGGAACGAUUUCCUUCACAAUCGAGAAUUUACUAGGAAACCAGUGCUCCUUCAGUCGAAAGCUGGGCUUCGGCAGUUCCUUCACCUACUUCAUCCCAUCGACCUUCGCAAUGGGAGAAAAUUGUGAUCAGCACAUAAGAGAAGUGGAGGACAUUAAGCCCAACUCCAUCCACAUGGCCUGGCAGAUUCCUCAGUAUUUCCUCAUGACUACAGGAGAGGUGGUCUUCUCUGUCACAGGCCUGGAGUUCUCAUACUCACAGGCUCCCUCCAACAUGAAGUCUGUGCUGCAGGCUGGUUGGCUGUUAACUGUUGCCGUGGGAAACAUCAUUGUGCUCAUUGUUGCAGAGGCAGCACAACUCCCAGACAAGUGGGCUGAAUACAUCCUCUUUGCCUCACUGCUGGUGUUGGUGUGCAUCAUCUUUGCUGUCAUGGCCAUGUUUUACACCUACACGGACCCCGCCAAGAUAGAAGCCCAGUUCCUCAACAUGGAGCCUGAGGACAAGGAGAAGAAGAACAUGGAAAAGGACAAAAAGGGCAUGGCUGAUGAGAGUGGGAAGAGCUCCGAUUUUAGCUCUGAUGAGGAGAAAACCAAGCAGAGCAAGCUCUAAACCAACAUGGCUCCGCUUACGGGAAUACCUCUGGAAUCUGGUGGUAACAUCUAAACAUGACUGUGUCCUCUAGCUCUUGUACCAGAGGACAUCAGUGGACAUGUUGGAACUGAAACGGGAGGAACACAGGAGUUACACUCUUGCUUUGAGGACAGGACUUUUGUAAUGAGGACAUUGCGGAUCAGUUUUAGACCAUCAUUCUAAUUCUCUUUUUUAGCUGGUGAUUUAUGGUUUGAUGGAAAUUUGUGCCAGUGGUGGUAAUUCUGUUCUUCAGCCUUUUUGUGACAAGUAGAUGAAAAAUGACCAAAGAACCAUUCCAACAUUUGUAUUUAUUUCCAACCCAGUAUUGUGUGCAUUGUAAAAUAUUAUGACUGAACACCUAAAUAUCCAACACUUUAAACCUUCUUGGUCAGCUGGAAACGUUUGUUAGGUGAUGCUGUGAAAAAUCCAAAUAAAGUGAAAAUGUUUACUGAGAA